AUCGUGCGGCCGCACUAGGAUCCGUUGUUGCCUAGCUCAUUCUGUUUCGUCUCCAGUCUUACAAGAACAUCACGCCCAGCUAGCUCUCGAUUCGCACCCCUCUCACCGGCUCACCCCUAGGCCUGGACUAAACGUACUUCCCUGAAGACCGCCGGCGAGCUCGCUUCGCCUCGCCGCGCGCUCGCGCCCGUGUCCAGGCCAGACGAAGAUGGACAGCCAUAAUCCAUCACCGCCCCAUGUCCCUGAAGUAACAAUGGACGUUUCAUCCACAUCUGGAGCAACUGGGAACAAAUUUUGCAGGGGUUCGUCUUGCGACUUUUCUGACACCUCGAAAGAUGCAAAGGAGAGAUCUGCGUCCAUCAGGAAGCUCCUGAUUGCAGUGAUCCUUUGCGUUAUAUUCAUGGCAGUUGAAGUGGUUGGAGGCAUCAAAGCAAACAGUCUUGCAAUCUUGACUGAUGCAGCCCAUCUCCUUUCCGAUGUUGCAGCGUUUGCCAUAUCUUUGUUCUCUCUAUGGGCAGCGGGUUGGGAAGCGACGCCUCAGCAGUCGUAUGGAUUUUUCCGUAUAGAAAUCCUUGGCGCAUUGCUUUCCAUUCAGCUUAUAUGGCUCCUCGCUGGGAUACUUGUCUACGAAGCUAUUAGCAGGCUCCUUACUGAAAGCGGCGAGGUGCAGGGCUCCCUCAUGUUUGCUGUAUCAGCUUUUGGCCUGUUUGUUAACAUCAUAAUGGCGGUGUUGCUUGGUCACGACCAUGGGCACGGCGGGCAUGGGCACAGCCAUGGACAUUCACAUGACCAUGAUCAUGGUAACGAAGAGGAUGACCAUUCCCAUCAUGAAGAUCAUGAGCAGGGCCAUGUACAUCGCCAUGGUGCUUCAGUAACCAUCACAACUCAUCAGCACUCUCACUCAAGCAGUGGACUGCACCAUGAUGCUGAAGAACCGUUGCUCAAGCAUGAAGGUGACUGUGAGAGUUCAGACCAUGCUGGUGCUAAGGCUGUUAAGAAGCCUCGCCGUAAUAUCAAUGUACACAGUGCUUAUCUGCAUGUAAUCGGGGACUCUAUCCAGAGCGUUGGCGUUAUGAUUGGAGGGGGUCUCAUCUGGUACAAGCCUGAAUGGAAGAUCAUUGAUCUCAUAUGCACCCUCAUCUUCUCUGUGAUUGUGCUGUUUACCACAAUCAAAAUGGUUCGGAACAUACUUGAAGUUCUGAUGGAGAGCACGCCUCGAGAGAUCGACGCCACCAGGCUUGAGAGUGGUCUUCGUGGAAUGGAAGGUGUGGUUGCUGUCCAUGAGCUGCACGUCUGGGCUAUCACAGUUGGGAAGGUGUUGUUGGCAUGCCACGUGACGAUCAAGCAGGAUGCGGAUGCUGAUCAAAUGUUAGAUAUGGUCAUUGGGUACAUCAAGGGAGAGUACAACAUCAGUCAUGUGACCAUUCAGAUCGAGCGCGAAUAAGGCACAUGUACUUGGGGAUAAAACACGCUUGUUCAUGGUUAUUGUUGCUUUGCACUUGCACUCCUUGUUUUUGGUGUGAAUUUGCAGUCUGUGUUCCUUGUGUCAUCGUAUGCCUACUCUGUGUAUAGAUGUAUCUUUGCUGUAGAGAUUUGUAGGGAAUGUAGGUCACAUGGUGUAUGAAAUGGAAUCCACAGCUUCCAUUUUGUUUUUCAGACUAUUUGACAAGUUCCGAUGGAACUGAAAUGUGCAAAGUUUUA